ACAAUUUAUUUUCACAGAACAAACGCUAGCUAGAUACCAAAGAAAUUAUUAUAAGAAAAUGAAGUUUUCUGCAUCCUUUGUUGGUCUUUUGAUGGUGGCUGGAACUGCCCAUGCCUUCACCAGUCCUGCCGUUUCCAGCAAGAUGGGCGGCUUGAAAAUGUCGGAAGCCCCUGUUGCCGAAGCCGAGGUAGAAGAGCAAGUGCAAGCUCCGGAUGCUCCCCCCGCUGCUCUUUCUGGACUUCGAAUGCACGAGGUUCGACGUGCUGUGCACAGUCUGAACAAGGAAAACUUUGAAACUACUUUGGCUGAUUUGGAACCCUACUUCCUGAACGAAGCUGGAUCUUCUCUGUACGCCAAGUCAAUGCGACGAAUUUCUGCACGGGCCGAUGCGUUGGGGGUUGAAGUGCCUGCUGGAUACGCCAAGGAAGCCAAGGUCACACAGAAGCGAAGGGAAAAACAAAAUGCUUUCAUCCAAACGAAGGAAGAGGAACGAAUGGCCGCUGAAGCCGAAGCUGAAGCUGAAGCCGCAGAUGCCACUGAGGAGGAAGCCGCCCCUGUGGAGGAGUAAACCAAGCAAUAAAACAAUGGCUGACAAUUAAGCAAUAGUGUAAGGUAGUACCGUAGUUCCCAAUAAAUAAAUGUCUAGGAAAGAAUAACAAUGUUGCCAC